CCGGUGUGACCAAUUACGACUUGACGUCGCAUUGUUAGUUCAGAAAUUUACUCUGAGUAGUCACCACCUAUAAUACGAAACUAAAUAUUGGAAUAAAAAUGUGUCGAGUUGCAUUCUAUUUGCUUUUUAUCGCGAUAAUUCAAUAUGGUGUACAAGCAAAUGAAACAUCAACGAACGUGAAUCCAAGCAACGAUGAACCUACAGAUAAGGAGGCUAAUGAAGGUCUAGUAGUAGACAAAACGGCUAAAGAAUCACCGGCUGAUGACAAACAGGCUAAAAAAGAACCGGCUGAUGAUAAAACUGCUAGAGAAGAGACGGCUGAUGAUAAAACGGCUAAAAAAGAGACGGCUGAUAAUAAAACAACUAAGAAAGAAUUAUCACCAGAGAAAAGAGCUAAGAAAGAACCAGUAGCCGAAGAAGAGGCUGAAUCUAAAACAACUGAGGCUGAAAUUACAGAAAAUUCUAGUAAAAGUGCUAAAACAACGCCUGGCCCAGCCAGUUCUGCAAAACCUAUGGGUUUCGCUGGCAAUAUCCUUGCACCAGUUAUGGCCGCUCGAGCAAGAAUUGAAGAAAUCAUGCACAGAGGCGUAAAUGGAGCCAAAGGUUUUGCUGAUGGAACCUACACCCUUUUUAAGGAUUCCGUCCAAAACUUCUUCUAAUCAUAAUUUUCUUUAAAAUAUUAUUAAGUUUUUUAGAAGCUAUCUAUCUGUAAUAAAAAAUCAAAGGAUUUUUUGAAAAAUAAAAAAAAAAUAUUUGAUGUUGAAUUAAAGGAGAUGUUUCAAAUCCAGCCCACUAUAUAUAUAGUUCCUCGAAAAACCAGAAAAAUCGAAGGAAUUCGGGAAAAAUACAUAUAAAAUGCUAAAAUGCACACUUUUCUUGUAAUAUUCAAUUUGUUAUUUAGUAUAUAAUGAGUUUUAUUGACUUUGGUUAUGGCGUCUCAACAGUUUAGAUACUCACUUGUCAAAAAAAUUACACUAAACAAUCGAUUUGACAAUGAAACAAAUAAAUAUGUCAAGUGUCAUUAAUCAACAGCUUACGACGAACUGCUCACGGGCACCUAUGUGAAAUCUUGGUUUUAACGACUUUAUGUGUGUUUCAAAAGGUUUUAAUGACUACAGUAUGUUAGUAUCACCAAAAGGGUAGGUCAAGCAAGCGUAAGAUUGUAUUCUUAAUUUGAAUUUUGGAGAAUUGCUAAGAAACUGUUUAAAGACUCUUCAUGACCAAUUCCUGCUAGAAAGUUCGUCGAUGUAUUAAAGAGUUUUGGAUGUGUUUUUCAGAAAACUAAGAAUGCAGUUUUAAUAAGUGAUUAAUGCACGUUUCUGUUACAUUAACACAUUUUUGAAAAACUGUGCACCUUUGAUAAAAUUUUCAUCUGUACCUACUAGUAGGUCUACAUAUGUAUAUUGAUGAUUCAUGGCAAUGUCAAGAGCUCCGGUAUUUUGGUGUAAACUGUUUAGAUAUCGGACCCGAUCGGUUUAAAAUAUCCCGAUUGCAUAAAUGAACACGAUUUAAAGGAGUAUCGGUACUUUGGGCUGCGACAAAAAACAAUUUUUCAGUUGGUGAUGCCGAUCACAACUCGUCUCCUAUGUCUGCAAAUUUACCUGAUGAUGAUGAUGUCCUCCUAGCCGAUUAUCGGCUACGGCGGCUGUUCUCAUAUAAGGAGAUUAGCCAACUACGCAAGACAUAUUAUAGUGCACGAGCAUUUGCGCAGACACAGGUGCACUCCCUAUU